GAUCGCGUCUCUUGUCGGUACCACCGCACGAGGACCGACUGCCCCUUCGGCCGGAAGGAUCGCACCGCUAGUUACGACGAAAUUCCACCUGCUUUGUUGUUGACUGUGAUCGGGGUCUGUUGGCGUAAUUGUGACGAAUGUAAAUUACCACCAGCGCGGUUUUCUACUUCUAGAAGCCCCGACUAAUUCUUCAAACCUUGACUAGGAGACACCGAGAGAUUUGAAAAAAAAAAGAGUCUUUUGUGGCGAAGCCGACUGUGACGCGAGUGUGAUUUGAACGUGUGACAUUGGUGUACUGCUUGGAUCGGCGCGGGCGCAUUGGCGACUUUACAACUUUGUUCGUUUUUGUUUCUACUGGUGCUGUGAGAAAACAUGCUUUUUAUGCCGGCUGACUCGUAUCAGAAUACAUUCUAGUUAGACUACGCGGGAGAUACUCUGGUGGUGCCGGGGAUAGAAAGAAGACAACGAAAACUAUGGAUUGUCGUCGUGCCGCAGCGGUGUCUGCUGGCGCUGUGACUGUUGGGAAAACGUUCGUCGGUGGAUCACAUGCCAGGAUUUCAGUCUUCUUUCUUAUUGGGACUCUUCCUCGGAGUCGUCUUGCUCGCCUCACAAGGGCUGGCCGAGAUGCACAGCCGGUCCAAGCAUUACUCACACCGGCUGCGCUCGGCGGCCGGAAGGUCCGUCAGGGCUCCGGACCCGUCCGAGCCAUCGCCCUACUUCGACAACAGCACAUCGAGGAACGUCACCACGAGUGCUGGCAAAGCAGUCUUCCUGCCUUGCAAAGUGCGCCACCUUGGCGACAGAACGGUGUCGUGGAUCCGGAGGCGGGACCUGCACGUUCUGACGGUGGGUCGCUUCACGUACACCUCGGACCAGCGGUUUCAGGCGAUACACAUGGACAACUCGGACCUGUGGAUGCUCCAGAUCCAGUAUCCGCAGAAAAGGGACGCCGGAAUGUACGAGUGCCAAGUCAGCACUCUUCCCAAGAUAUCACGUUUCAUCGCGCUCAACGUGAUCGUGAGCAAGGCGAGCAUCGCCGGAGGCCCGACGCUCUACCUGAACAGCGGCAGCACCCUGAACCUGACCUGCGAGGUGAUGGAGAGCCCCGUGCCUCCCGACUACGUGUUCUGGUACCACGACGCGCGCGUCAUCAACUACGACAUCCAGCACGGGGUCUCGGUGCAGACGGAGAAGUCGCCGCGAACGCAAAGCCGCCUCCUGAUCGCCAACGCGCAGCCACACGACUCCGGAAACUACUCGUGCGUGCCGUCGAAUGCCGAGCCCGCCAGCAUCGUCGUCCACGUGUUGAACGGCGAGAACCCUGCAGCCAUGCAGCACGGCAAGCACCCGUCAGCAGCCAUGUGCGCCCGGUCGGCGCCGUUCACGCUGUUCGCCGUGGCACUGUGUCUCCAGGUGUGCUCGAGGCGCCGGUGACGAGCGACAGGCCACCACCCAGAAGAGCCGGACGUUGUGACAAACUGAGACGGCGCUCGACGCCGUGUCGUGCGUGACGGGAGAGACGGCGCACACCCGGAGAGACAUCGCAGCCGCGAAGGGGCGUCGAGCGGCGGUCACGGCGUUGGCCCACCCCACCACUGCGGUUGACGAGUGCGCACCCUGUGAGAGGGUUCAGCCGAGUGAACGGUUCGCCUCGCGAUGGGAGUGAUAAGGGCUGCGGAGCACUUGUUUUCACGCUGCAGCACUCACUAUACUUGACACUUGGAAGCCACGUCCGUACAAUACGCCGAGCUGCAGACACCGCUCGUGGGGCUACCCGCUCGUACACAUACGCGUGUUUGUUGUUACAGGAGAAGGAAUCACCCCGACGAGUUUCGCCGACAAAGAAGACGUUUCUCGCUCAUUUAUUUCGACUUUCUUUACUCAGACUUUGUGCUUUGUCGUGGGUGACACUCCUCCGUUAUCUCUCGGGUGGUAAAAAAAAGAACAAAAAAAGUCUACACGGUGUUGUUUUAGUCUUACCGGGUCUCUCUCGGUGUUGAGACUUGAGACGACGGUGAUUCCACGUGAUGUGGAAGAAGAACGUCGACAUGGGGACGAUGCCUCGGACAGUGAUACAAACUGAAAAUGGGCAGUGGCCACCUGAUACAGGUGCGGUUCUUCACGUGGCCUCCGUGAACACCGACGCAGAAGAGAAGAGUUACGUGACCCUGUUUUAAUCCUCAUAUCGUUCAAUACGGGGGCCGCAAUUGUAUAUAAUGUACGAAAAAGUUAACAACCCACAAACAAAACAGUGAGGUCCCGAGAAUCGGGUUAUCAUCACUGGAACUUGCGAGCAAGCGGGGUACACAUAAUGUCUAAAUCAAGAAACAGAAACUGAGUAUCCUUCAAUCGUGUGAACGGAAACGGAAAAAGAUGUUUAGUGUCGCGGUGUAAUGGGAGCGUAGAAACAUGCAUUGUAAGCACAGCGCCUAGGUUCCUGGCUCAACACCAUGCACUGGUGCUCAAUGGCACAAUACACUAACCAGAAAAUUAGACUCGUCCAAUUGCAUUGCUUUAUUUUAGACCCUACUCCUGUUCACCGACGUUAACUACGUUCUAGGUGAUAUUGCUUGCUCAUCCCUUGGGUCAGGACCAUCAGUCACUGGUUUAUUUUGAAAUAGUGUCCUGUAUAGCACGCACACCUUGUUUCUUCUAGUCAGACAGUGUCGGAGCAGGCGCAACCAAGUCGCAUGAUUUGGUCACAGGCGUCUGUGAAUACCCCUCAGCUGUUUUCUCCCUUGAAAUUUUAGAACCAGAGUGAGUUUUUGUAAUUAUCGGAAUCAAACUGCUGCUUCCUGUAACAGUGGUUGUAAAGGAUAUCGCGGGUUGACCAUUAAAGUGUAAUGUUGUUUGUU